AUGGUCCCCGGCUGGUUACUGCUACUCAUAGCCGUGUGUCCGGGCACCCGGGCCUCCAAGGAAUGCCUGUUCUGUGAGCUGACUGACUCGACUGUCUGUCCAGGCGUCCACAUGCACUGCGGGGAUGAUGAGGACUGUUUCACGGGCACUGGGGUGGCCCCAGGUAUGGGCCCCAUCAUCAACAAAGGCUGCAUGCAGUCCACCAAGUGCGGCCACGUGGAACCGGUCAGCUACAUGGGCGUCACCUACAGCCUGACCAGCAGCUGCUGCUAUGGCUACCUCUGCAACAGGGCCCCUCGCGCCCCCUGUGGCCCCCGCUCCUGGCUGCUGCGACUGGACUUGCCAGAGGCCCUGGACAACCUCGUGUGGCCCCGGCCUCAUCGAUCGAGGGGCGGCCGGCCCACCUGGAGCCAGGUCCGUGUGCUGGCCACAGUUUGGCUGCGUGUUUCUCCCUCACUGGUCUCUAAGAUGCUGGUGGCUGCUGCCGGCCACUGGUAG